UUACAGGUGGAAGUUUAGGAGGAGCUACGGGAACCUGCUCAGCCGGGAGGACGCCAAAGUUCCUGCUAUUUAGCUCCUGAUCCAGUUUCACCAUAAACCGCUGUGUUUAUCUACAGUUAACGAGUCGGAAUCCAAUUCUGAACAGGAAAGAGAAAAAACAACUAUAGAUCUAAGCGUUAAAAUCAGAAGAUCCCUGUUUAUCCGCGUUAGAAGCGCUCCGGGGCCACCAGCCGCUCUCUGAUAACUUUCGCUUCGUUGUUAUUGAACUCUGGACAUUAUUUUGCGCUGCGUUAGUUUACAAUGAUAUAUAAUGUAGGGAUCCAGCAUUAGAAGAAGAAAAUUGUUUUGUUUUUUUAACAGUUUGAAAGGCAGCCAGUUUGCGGGUUUUUAGUUAAACCUACCAUGUUAUUUAGAUUGUUUGUUCUCCUGCUGUGGGGCGCUGGACAGAUGGCAUCGGCAAAGACGUUCAUUUCCCAACAAGAACCAUCAGAAGACAAAGAAAUAUUUCUAGGGGAGACUGACGCCAAUGUGUUCCUGGGUCGCCACUUGCUGCUCAAUAAGUUUGACUUUGAAAUGUUUGUUCCUGGGAACCUGGAGAGGGAGUGUAUAGAAGAAGUGUGCAACUACGAGGAAGCAAGGGAAGUCUUUGAAGACGAUCGGCAAACAGAUGACUUUUGGAAGGAAUACACAAAAAAUGAGGACAAUCUUACAAGGGUGGAUGUGACCGCACUUCUAGUGGGACUCAUCUGUGCUGGAGUGGUGCUGGUUGUUGUUGGCUUCUUGAUCUGGUAUAUGUGUCAAGCCAAAUGCAAAGGGGACUUCAGUCGUCGUGCAAGCUCCAUCCGUGGACGUCCCAGGAGGAGCAAUGCCUCCCUGAUAAUGCGAAGGUUGGAUGAGGUCUCCAGACAGCCCCCUCCAGGAUCCUCACACACUGUGGAUGUAGAAGACCUUCCUGGACUACCCACAUACGACCAGGCAAUCCGAUUAAAUGGACAGCAUGACUUACCACCUCCUCCCUAUCCCGGCUCGAGACCCGGGAGUAUUCGACGGUAGGAUCUUCAAAGAAACGUUCUCUGACUGAAAAAUUAAAACCUUAAUUUAUAAGUAGCAUCUACAUCAAGAUACUCUAUUUUUACGUGACAGGAUUACAGGUGUCUUUUUAUAUAUAUCCAUCACCUUUAUUAAUCUGUGUUUUUCCCCCAAAGUAGACUUUUUUUUUUUUGUAAGAUUACUAUAUAUGUAAUUCUUUUGUCCUUUAUUUUAAUGUCACCUCUGGCAUUUUCAGUCUUAAAAUGACAGCAACCAAAAAACAGGCAACAUAUUGUUGCAGUCAGGUGAAAACCUUGUUUCUGUAUUUUAUUGUUGUUAGUUUCUUGUAAAAUUAAUCCAUUCUUGGACCCUUUCUGUGGUUUCAUUAAUAAAUAUACAGUUUGCUUUUUUUUGACACUUUCUAAUGGAUAUUUAUAUUCAGAAGGAAAACGCCUUUUCAUUUCCUGAAAAGUAAAAACCUUUAGAGAGGCAAUGUUUUUGUCUGACUUGUGUUGUUCUCUGCUGUGGUUAUUUGAGGUUGAUGUUUGCAUCGUUUUUAGCGUCGUCCACAAUUUUUUUUUUUAGAUGAAUUUAUGACCUGUUGAAGACAUGCCAGAUAUGUUUUUAAACUUCAGGGCGGUUACCAAACUGAUUUUUCUUGUAAAUGAAUUAAAAAUCAAAACAUCACUAUGGUCUAUUAGAUGUUUUUACGAAGAAAACUGUUGCUCUGCUCAAAUUGAAUUAAGUAAGUGUUUCUAAAUAGUUUUCUCUUUUGUUUUUGUUGAUCAUUAUUAUCAUCUUAGUUUUUGGUUCCCCUGUUCUUAAUGUGUGCUUGCCUGAACGUAUAACAUGACAUGUAAUGUAAACCACCCUCCUUUUUUUUGUGAGCUUAAUUAUACAGUUGAAUUUUGUUUGCCGUUUUUUUUUUCUUUAUUUUAUCCAAAGGAUGUAGUAGAUAGUGUGCUCUGAGUUGUUGAAACUCUUUCUUAGAGGAGCAGACAGUGUCUGUAACGGAGUUAAAGAGACAGCUUCUUAUGGAUCACAUACCAAGAAACUCAG